GAAUUUACUUAGCCAGCUGCUUGCUUGACAGAGGAAACAUGGCGUCUCAGUGCAGCCUCUCUUCCAUAUUUCCUAUCCAAAGUCAGCUGGAUUGCGCAUUAGAUGAAGCUACGACACAACACGAGAAAGAAAAUCUUGUCUACCAGUAUCUGAAAAAACUAGACGAGAGAGAGGAUCUGAAGAUACCCGAUUUCCAGACAGGCUUGGAAUGGCUGAACACGGAGGGGCCUCUGUCUUUGAACACGGAGCUGACUGGUAAAGUGGUGCUGUUGGAUUUCUUUACUUACUGCUGCAUCAACUGCAUGCACAUCCUGCCUGACCUGCAUCAACUGGAGAAGAAGCACUCUGUCAAAGAUGGACUGGUUAUCAUUGGUGUGCACUCGGCUAAAUUCCCCAAUGAAAAGGUUGUGGCCAACGUCCGCAGCGCGGUGCUCCGCUAUGACAUCUGCCACCCGGUGGUGAACGACAGCGAGGCGUGCCUCUGGCAUGCACUGGAGGUGUCCUGCUGGCCCACGCUGGUCUUACUGGGCCCUCGUGGCAACCUGCUUUUCUCCCUGGUGGGCGAAGGCCACCGCGACAGGCUGACGCUGUUUACCGACAGCACACUCCGUUACUACAGGGAGCAGGGUCAGCUGAAGACUCACUCAGUGGGAAUCAAGCUGUACCGAGACUCCCUGCCACCCAGCGCCCUGUCCUUUCCUGGGAAAGUGGCCAUAGACAACAGCAAGAAAAGACUGGCUGUAGCAGACACUGGGCAUCACCGAAUUCUGGUGGUGUCCACGACCGGACAGCUGUUACACGUCAUUGGAGGGCCUGAAAUUGGGAAGCAAGAUGGCAACUUGUUCGAAGCUUCCUUUAACUCCCCUCAGGGUGUAGCCAUUAAAGGUGACACCGUGUACGUGGCCGACACAGAAAACCACCUGAUCCGAAAGAUUGACCUGUUAGAGGGAAGAGUCAGCACACUAGCUGGAGUGGGCUCUCAAGGCACAGACAAAGCCGGUGGGGCCACAGGACCUCAGCAGCCGAUCAGCUCUCCUUGGGAUGUGACUCUUGGCACUGCCGGUGGUGUUGAAGAUAACGUGCUGUGGAUAGCCAUGGCAGGAACCCACCAGAUCUGGGCUCUGUUCCUAGCAGAUGGGAAAUUGCCCAAAGGAAGCGAGUCCAAAGCCGGGACGUGCGUGCGAUGGGCAGGCAGCGGCAGCGAGGAGAACCGAAACAACUCCUACCCCCACAAGGCUGGCUUCGCUCAGCCUUCGGGUCUGGCUUUAGCCCCGGAGGAGCCCUGGAGCUGCUUGUACGUGGCUGACAGUGAAAGCAGCACCAUUCGCACGCUGGGCCUGAAGGACGGAGCUGUGAAGUUGCUGGUUGGUGGAGAGAGAGACCCAAUGAACCUUUUUGCUUUCGGGGAUGUAGAUGGGAAAGCGGUUGAUGCCAAGCUGCAGCAUCCUCUCGGUGUUGCCUGGGCUCCUGAACAAAGCCUGCUCUAUGUGGCCGACUCCUAUAACCAUAAGAUCAAGGUGGUCGAUCCAAAGACAAAGCACUGUAGCACAUUAGCAGGGACCGGAGAGGCUGGAGAUACUGUGGGCCCUGAAUUUAAUAAAUCCUGCUUCAAUGAACCUGGAGGGAUCUGUGUUGGAGACAGCGGCAAGCUUCUCUAUGUGGCCGAUACCAACAACCACCAAGUCAAAGUGCUGGAUCUGGCCUCCAAGACCGUUUCACUGUUCCCCAUCUCCUUAGACUGCACAGACGCUCUACCUUCAAAGCUUUCACCUCCUGCCAAAGCACCCAUCUUGCCGAAAUCAGCUCCCCGGAAAGAAAUGCCAGCAGUGGCAGUGUCUGCAGGCCAGACUCUCAUCAUGUCGCUCACGCUUUUGCUUCCUGAAGGAUCCAAAUUGACUGAAGAGGCACCCAGCUGCUGGGCUCUCUCAGCUGAGGGUUGCGAGUGGCUGCUAGAAAGUCCUGUGAUUAUAGGCGACAUCGUGGAUCUGUCGAAGCCCCUCUCCAUCUCAACCAAACUUCCAGCUGUUAUAAAGGACUCAAACGGCAAUCCAAGCCUCACUUUGGCGGUGUGGGUCUACUACUGUAUGGAAACCGGUAAAGCCUGUAUGAUGAAAGCUGCCUCCUUCACCCAGCCUCUUCAAAUAAGUGCCAGUCCCAAAGAAGAAGAGAUCACUGUGGCGUUGUCUCAUGCCUUCUAAAACCUCUUACCUGUCUUAGUCCCGACGGCCACAGGAUCAACACGGCGCCGAUAACUCCAGCUCCUGUGUUGUUUGUUUUUGUGGAACAAGAAAACAUGGAUUGUUUCUUACUGUCACUUUUAACAAAAAUGCAAUUCAAACAAACCGGAUUUUGGGAGGAAUUUCAUUUCAAACUACUCAGAAGCCCCCCUAAUGCAUCAGUGCUGUAAUGUUCUUGACUUUGUAUGACAGUUAUUGAUAGGAAUGCAAAUAGUUGUAUAAAGGCAGUUGAGCACAACUGCAGCCUGGUGGUACAGAUGGAGAUGGUAAAUUUAUGCCACAGAUUCCUAGGACUGGCUGUAAUGACUAGCUGUAAAAAAAACAAAACAAAAAACAAAAAACAAAACUCUUAUUAUUUAUAAAUUAAAAGUUACUUUCAUAUUUAUAAAACACUGUCACAUGACUAAAUGGAAGCAGAAAUGAAAGAUAUAUUGAUUUAAUUAGAAACAACCUGACUGGCAGUUGUUGAUGAUGGUGUCACUGAUGAAUGGAAACCAGCUUCAUAUUUUCACUGACCCACCAGAUGGAUGGAACACAACCGUUUGCAUUCGGAUGUUGUGAACCGUGUUUCUUUUCCCACAACUUUCCACGAAGCAAUUCUUGAAAAAUGUAUGCUUUUGAAAAAUUAGUGGAAGCUUUCUUUUGUGUUUGUGUUUAGAACCAUUUCUCAUGAAAAUUAAUGGCAUUUCUUUCAGUCCCAUGGGUAAUUACAUUGUUGGAAUUUUUUUUUUAAAGGUAGAAAAUUUAAUGGAGCUGAUCUGUGAUUCUGAUGAGAAAAUGUUUAAUUCUGCCUUUGCUCACACAGGGUUGGCUUUUGUAUAGUAAUAACCAGCAAUGGCCAGUUUCUCAAAAAUGUGAUUUUGAAAAUAGUUUUUCAUGGCAGGAAACUAAAAAUCUGAAACCUUUACUUUAAUCUUGAGAGGCUGAUGAGAGGUUUUCGAUGCAGUAACGCAGGAAAUCUCCUGGCGCUUCACAAUUGGAUCACAUUCACAGAGCCACAAAGUAUGAUAUACUUUGGUCACUAUGUGACUACUUGCUACUUUCAAAACAUAGCGUAUUUGUAAUGAUCCAUAAUUAAAAUAAACAGAUGAAUUUACCUCCAUUAUCUUUGCUCAUGCUUGUGUUGAGAAUUGGGUUUUAAAUUUAUGAUUAUUGACUUUUCUGCGUUGAAAUAAUCUUUUUGAGAUAAUCAUGAUGCAUCUAAGAAUCCAUUUCUUCAACAACCCCUACUAUGCAAAAACUCACUUUUUUUAUUAUCAUAUAUAUAUUACAGAUGUACAGCUUCAGAAUAUUAAUUCACAUGCUGACUGCUUUAGUCAUUGAGCUUGGAGGGAGCCUUGAGAUGCUCUAUUAAAGCUUCAAAUAUUUGUCUACAUUCAUGUAUGUGUCACCACAGAAGUUCAGUCUGUAAAAGAUUAAGCUCACAGCCGAAGGCUACUGUGUCUCCUGCUUCACACUUUUGACUAUGAUUAUUCCUGACACAAGGAGCUCUUUUGAUUUAGACCAAAUUAAAUAUUGCUGUUAUCUAAGUAAUGAAUAAAGUGCCUGUUUUUAAUAAGGGGAAGCGACAUCCUGAACUGAUGACACUGACUGACUGCUGUCUGUGCACUAGGAGGGAUACCGUAAUAAGAAAGUCUUAUUAAAGCCUCUCUAUCAAGCACUCUACACUCUAAUAGAUGUUCUAAUAAUGCUUUACUGUAAUAUGUUGUGUAAUAUAAUAUGAUAAUGUGGGCAUUGUUGUUGUCAUUUUCCCUUAUUGGUUUUCAGACUUAUGAGCUUUUGUGAGAAACGGGCCUGAGAGUGCUUUGAUAAUCAUCGCUGUCAUCACGUCUCACAUCUUAAUUGUGCUUGUCAGACUGUUUUUAUUUGGUUUGGAUCACUCGGCCCAAGUGCCUUGCAAGGACGUGUUACCGAAUGGAUGGCACAAAACCGAUGACACUUUAACUGAUUCAAAAGCAAUAACAGUGUAUUCCUGCAGUGGGACAAACAUUUUAUUCCCACAAGUUAUUUAUUUCAAAUGAACGGUGAAAGUUUUUGCCAGUGUUUUCUCAGCUCUGCUAUCCCUCUGGCAUUUUUUUAAUGAUCAGUAAUGAGCUUGAGUGGCUGCUGGUUCCUCAUGUUGUUGUUUUUUCUCAUUUGAGUUCUUCUCACCGAUCUGCCUUUUCAGGCACAUUUUGGCAUCCCUUCAGGGACCUUGUUAAUACAUCUGCUUCUCAAUGCUGCACUUUAAGAUGCAACGGAGGAAACUAAUAAAACAUUUUUAUCUAG